UUUUUUUUUCUUCCCCCUCCCACAUCAAUUAGCAGUGUGUCACUAAAAUACUCUGGAGUGCCCUCUUUAAGACAUCCCCGGAAGUUUGUGAUUGGUUGAGAACGCCUUCUUCCGGCGUCGUCACUUCCCGCUAGUAAAGCUUCGGCUGUGGGUUGAGGGAAAGCAGCUAGAGCGAAGGAAGUUACGCGUUCGUGUCAGAUGUAAAUAUGGAGCAGAAAUUACUGGAGUUUCGAGCCCGUAAAAAAGCAGAGGCCGCCUCGAAAUGCAUAAAACCGCAGCACAAACCCAGACCCGAUCCGGAGCCGCAGCGGUCUUCUGAACCCGAGAGAGAACUAAAACUUGAGAACGACAGGACUGCUGCUGGUCCGUCGUCGGAUGCAGAAACGACGAACUACAUACAGACUGUGUUUCACUGGCUGUCAAACAGCACUGUGGGUCGGAGACUGGGACUAUGCCAUCUGGCUGUCACCAAUCUGACCUUCCUGAAACUGCUGCUUUGGCUCGUCCUGCUGGGACUCUUCACUGAGCUGGAUUUUGGUUUGCCCUUCUUCCUCAUCUCCCUCUUCUAUUGGCUCUAUGAAGGUCUUCGGAGCCCCACUGUGCGCCAACCGGGAGAGCUCAGUGCCUACUCUGUGUUUAACCCAGACUGCCAGCCCAUUCUUGGAACGCUUACAGCCGAGCAACUGGAGGGAGAAAUGGGGUACAGGACACUGCCCAGCAGAUAGCAGGCUGAGGAUAGUACCUGUCAUCAAGGACAGUCUAGAGACUCUGGAGACCCUACUGAUCUUUUGUUCUGCACAACUGGAUCUGGUUGGGUAAUAUAUUCAUAUGUAUUUUACAUUACUGAUAAAAGCACAGCUCAACAGAUACAGGAUCCAUAAUAUACUUUCAAGGUUGCUAGGUUCAGGAAGACUUAAAAAGCCCUUAGACAUAUCGAUAACAAUGGAAAUUGACACUUUUGGUGCUGAUGCAAAGCCUAAAUGAAUUACAGUGCAUCUCUGGCUCUGUGGUUGUUCUGAAGCCCGUCCCAAUAAAGCUAAUUUUGCUACAAUACUUCUGUACUGGAACUUAUAGAGCCGUUACCUAAACAAUCUAUUGUAAAUAAAUCUAAUUUGAAAGGCAGUAUAAGACAGUUUUCAAUAAA